AUGUCCCGGCGCCCUGGGGCUGCCGAAAGGGUACACGCGGUGCUGGUGCUCCUGGUGCUCAUCGACCAGGUGGCCGAAUGCAAAGGUAGCGAUCACAGACAACUGCUUCAAGGCGAAGCCCGACCAAGAAUAGCGAAUGGAGAGAACGCCCCGUGCGGCCGUUACCCCUACAUGGUGUCCGUACGCAAUCGGGCAAACGAGCACAAGUGCGGUGGCGUGCUGGUGCACCCGGAGUGGGUGAUGACUGCUGCGCAUUGCAUCGACCCCAGCAACCGCCUAUCCGUGGGGGCGUCCCCAGUGGUGGUCAUCGGAGCCUGCCGACUCGAUGACACGGAGGAAGAGGACGGUGUGGAGCUGACAGUGCCGCUGAGGACAGUCAUCCAUGAGUCAUGGACGGGCAACGUGGUCGACGGCUACGACAUUGCACUCAUGAAGCUGGCAUCCCCAUCCAAAUUCACCGCUGCCGCGCUGCCACAGGAAAUAUCCAAAGAUCUGUCUUCCGGUUCGCUGCUAGUGGCCCUGGGGUGGGGAGAGCAGGAGGAUGGCAAAACACGCAGCGAUGAGCCACUGCAGCAAGCGACGUCGGUGGAGGCUGUGCGCAACAGCUUUUGCAAUGCCGCCACCGCAGAUGGCUGGGAUGGCCUCAUUCAGGGAUCCAUGCUCUGCGCUUACAGUUUCAUAGGCGAGGAAGUCUGUGGAG